AUGUUUGAAGGCAAAUACACCACCAUGGGUAGCCGUUCGACAUUGCACCCACGGGUUGUUCGAGGCCAGCUGAAUCGUAACUUAUGGGUGGUUAUGCAGGAUAUCCAAGAGGAGAUUCGCGAUGCUUUUGACGACGCCUUUCCACCAUGCGACGAUUGGACAGAAGUGGAUGUGGUGGAUCGCAUCACACAAGUUGUCGCCAGAGUAUCGAGUCGCAUGUUUGGUGGCAGAACACUCAGCACGAACCGCGAAUGGGUGCAGUCGUCCAUCAAUUUCGCCACAGACGGCUUAAUUGGAGCCCAAGCACUGAAGAAAUAUCCAGAAUUUCUCAAACCUCUAGUAGCGAAGUUUAUGCCAGCAAUUAGUCGGAUCAAAGAGCAUUACGCCGCAGCUGAACGAGCCGCUAUCCCGCUUCUCAAGGAGCGCGAGGCCAAUGGCCAAACAGCCGAUGAUCUGUUAUACUGGAUGAAUGACGACGCCAAAGGAUCAGAGAAAGAUCCAGCAUUUCUGGCCGGCAUCUUGCUCAAGGUUAGCUUUGCGGCUAUUCAUACAAGCGCGGCUGCCCGCUCUCAGUUAUUGUAUGAUCUUUGUUCUAUGCCUGAAUAUAUUGAGCCCCUCCGCCAGGAGAUUCAAGAAAGCCUAGACAGCAAUGGGCAACUAGAUCGCCAGGGUUUCCAGAGCCUUUCGAAGCUCGACAGUAUCAUGAAGGAGAGUCAGCGUUUCAACCCGCUUCUGCUUAUUACUUUUGAGCGUGUUGUAACGAAGGACUAUUCUCUGUCUGACGGGUUAACUAUCCCGGCUAACACUACGAUUGGUAUUCCUACGCAUGCAGUAUCAAUGGACCCGGAAAUUUAUCCAGAGCCUGAGAAGUUCAAAGGGUUUCGAUUCCACGACAUAAACAAGGCCAAAGAGACGGCGGGCUUGAAGGAGUCGUCUGGGCCAUCAGUGGCAUACGCUGCUGCGCAUCCUGGUAGCAUGGCAUUUGGGUAUGGCCGACAUGCGUGCCCUGGUCGGUUCUUUGCGUCGGCGGAAAUCAAGGCUAUAAUGGUCUAUCUUCUGGUGAAUUAUGAUUUUAAGUUUCCAGAAGACCGUCCCCAGCGCCCACCCAGCUUGCUCUUUGAGACACAGAACCUGCCUAAUGCUGGUGGCAGAAUUAUGUUUAAGCGCCGUAAAAUGGAAUAG